AUGGGUCCAGAAAAAUCAUUCUGUUUGUUUCGUGCUUUUACUUGUCAUAAAUUGCAUGCUUCUAGUUCAUGGUACUUUGAUAGUGGCUGCUCUAGGCAUAUGACAGGUAAUGCCAGCAUACUCACCAAUUUCACAUCCUUGAAAUGUGGUGUAGUAACUUUUGGAGAUGGGAUGACGGGGAACAUUCUAGAAAAAGGUACCCUAAACGUUGAUGGGUUACCAAAAGUGAAAAAAGUUCUCCUUGUUGAUGGGAUGAAAGCUAACUUGAUUUACAUAGGCCAAAUUUAUGACCAAAGAUUUGUAGUUAAUUUUUCACACGAUGAGUGUAAUGUUGUAAAUCAAAAUGGUGACAUUAUUCUAAAAGGUUCUGGUUGUUUAGAUAAUUGUUAUCCACUCAUGCAAAAAUUCACAUGUCAUGCAUCAUCACCUAGUGUUAAUAACACAAAUUUGUGGCAUGAAAAACUUGGUCACAUAAAUUUAAAAUUUUGGAAAAGCAUUGUCGAUAAAUUUCUCAUACGUGGAAUACUUAAACUGGAUAAAGAAUCUGCUGUUGAAAAAGACUGUAACAUUGGGAAAAUUAUAAGAACUCGAAGUGAUCAUGGUAAGGAGUUUAAAAAUUCUGUAGAUCGUGAAAAUCUUGGCAAGUUUGAUGCCAAAAGCGAUCUAGGGGUUUUUCUUGGUUACUUGAAUAAUAGUAAGGCUUAUCGUGUUUAUAACAUGAGAACCCAAUAUGUUAUGGAAUCUGCUGACGUGGUUGUUGAUGAUCUGAAGGAUUUCUCUAAGUAUUCUUGUGAGGAAGAAAUUGAUAGAUUCCUUGAUGCUCAACAUCAAACAGAAAAGACAAAUUCAACGGAAGGCCAUUGUGUGGCUACAACAUCCGAAAAUGUUCUGACAGAAACGGAAUCUGUUGCAACAACUUCUAGACAAUCAGAGAAGGAGACACCAAUCAUUAUCUCUGACUCAGUUCAAAGAGAACCUUCGACCUGA